AUGGCGCCUACGCACAAGACACCUUUCGCAUUGAUCCUCGCAGAGUUGGCCAUUUCGACCACGGCAGUAACUCUCUUUGGUAUCAUGUAUCCAGUAGAAUUUAGAUCACGACUAUGGGAGAACGGUGGCGAACAAGGAUGGAACUCCAACCCCAACAAGCGGAUAUACUAUUACGCCAACCAUCAGGAGCCACCUGAAGUGCCUCUGAUUUGGAGUCAAAGACUCUACACCUCGAACCUGGCCAUCGCCAUUCUUGGGUUGGUCGUCUUCUUCGCUCGCACCGCCAUGUCACAUCUUCGAUACCUCCCCCGCUACGUAAAUAACAUCUACGAUGCGAUCCUUCUCGCGCUCUGGGCUGUGAGCAUUGCGGGCCAAACGUCGAGCGACUUUACCGAUCCUGAACACCCAAGUCCACGUCCUUGGUACCUAACCAGAGGGUGUUCUGCGGCUUGGGACCGAACCCAAGGGUAUUGCCAAAUCGCACAGGCAAGCUUCGCCAUGUCAGUCAUAGCUGCGAUACUAUAUGGUGCGAGGUUGAUACGAGAGGCUAUGUUGGUAGCAUAUGAAAGAGGGCAGCGUCACCGGUCGAGGCGGCCUGCCCAGGAUGUUCAAGAGGUGGAAUCAAUGGCGGGUGUAUAUAUGGAUGAAGAAGGGGAAUCCGAGGCUGAGUCUACAACAAAAGAGGACUGGCAGAGUAUGGCUUUGAGUCCGGUUCUAGCAUUCUUUCCGUCUUCAGACAAUCGUUGGUAG